AUGUGCGAAGCCUGUAUGGCACAUUGGGCAGACGUCUCUGUGGCUCAGCACAUGACCAUAGUAGACGUGGACGAAGAGCCCGUUGCUUUCGAUCCAGUAUCAGGCCUGGAAGCCAAGUGUCCGAUGUGUCGAACUCAGACAACCGCGAACUUCAAUCCUGAAAUGGCACGGAGACUGGAAUCCACUUAUCCCAAGACAUGGGCAGAGUUGAAGCAGGAAACGGAAGAAGAUGGUGAGGGCGUGGGAGGUAUCCAGACAAUUACCGUCUACAUCGGUAAUCGACACAAUCUCGUGCGAUCAGAAAAGGACCACGAAGACGGCCGAUCGAAUCAACACGAAUGGGACUUUUUCGUGCGGGCCAGCCGAACAGACUUCAUCGAAGAGGUACAGAUACUGCUGCACCCAACCUUUCGCCCAAAUAAAGUGAUUCGCCAAAGAGCACCCUACGAAAUAUCACGCCUCGGUUGGGGUACAUUCACACUCACAGCCUACGUAGUUCUGAAAGCAGGUUACAGCUGGGUUUCUUCCGAAGCAGAAGACACGCCUGAUGGUGCACCCAAAGGAAUGCUUCCUCUUGAGUGGACCUUGGACUUUGAAGGCUAUGGCGGUAAAGGUAGUAUGGGGCGUACAAGACUGAAGGUCAAGAGCGAUCGAGAAUGGGAAGGCGUGGAUGGCGAGGGCGUCAGAGACGAUGCUGAGUGGCAAAGAACUGUGAGACAGUAUCAUAGAGAUGGAAGGUAUGAGAYUGAAGAGUAA